AUGGGAUACGAAAGUCAAGGGACUCUGAGCCGGGGCUGGGUCUGGAACUCUGCCGUGGACGGUGCAGACGUGCAGUAUGCGUCCAUUGACACGACGGGACCUGAAGUUGCAGAUAGAGAGGGAGACGUGCAGUAUCCUGGUUGCUUCGUCGACUGUACCAAGAUUGUCACUGCUGUGCAUCCCUGUUUUGACCACCAUCCCUAUCCUGCGGUUACAGUAAGGUGUGAACAAGAAAAACAAUCGAGAGAAAAAGGCACUUUCUUAUCACUGGGUGGCUUACAUGAAAGCAACCAUCUGUUAGGAUAUCUGAUAGUUGUACUUGUUCCCAUGGAAUGCAACAAAGAUGAAGCUCUUAGAGCGAAAGCUCUGGCUGAAAGGAAAAUGCUAGAGAAGGAUUUUGUUGGUGCAAGAAAGAUGAUAAACAAAGCUCAGAAGCUUUCUCUAGAGCUUGACAACAUUACGCAAAUGUUAACUGUCUGCGAAGUUCACUGUGCUGCUGGAACAAAGGUUGCUGGAGAGAUCGACUGGUAUGGGGUACUUCAGGUACCACCUUUCACAGCUGAUGCCACGCUAAUAAAGAGACAAUACCGCAAGCUGGCACUUUUGCUACAUCCCGACAAGAACAGAUUUGCAGGUGCCGAGGCAGCAUUUAAGUUCGUGGGAGAAGCAAACACGACGCUAGCAGACAGCUCUAAACGUUGUGUGUAUGAUAUGAAAAGGAAGGGCUCAGUCAGAGUUGAUGCUACUACUGCUGCAGGAUCACCACCGGCUCAUCAUCAGUCGUGGCGAGCUGGUCCUGUUAGACCCAACACUGGGCCUGUGCACCAGCAACAUCAGCAUCAACCCUCAACUUCAGAAAGAUCACAAUCACAAACAUAUUGGAGCAUCUGCUUUGUCUGUGGCAUGCAAUGCCAAAAUUUUGGGCUCUAUUGUGCAAAUUGUAAAGACAAGCAAGGUGUGCCUUAUGGAGCAAAUCAACAGUCAAAUGGGCUCUACAAUGAUGCAGGAGCACCACAAAACCACAGAGGUCAGCAAGCUUCGAGUUAUGACACUUUCCAGGUCAAGCUUCGUAUUAUGCAACUCAAGGGGUUCAUCCUAGUUUUGGUGCACCGCAUAACUUUCCAGGUCGGCGUAGAGAUGUUGCAGGUGGUCAGCAAGCGUCGAAUUGUGCCACCCCAUGGGUCCAGGCUAAACCUGGAACCAGAAAGAGCAUGUACAACACUCCACAUCAGUACCGUGCCCCAGCAGCCGACGACACAGCUAAGAGGCAGCGGUUGGCAGAGUGGCUUGCUCAGCAGCAGGGUCCCGCAGCUCUCGGUGACACUGCCAAGGUCAAGCAGUGGCUCUCUGGGCAGCAGAAUACCCUGUAGAAGCUCCUCCUGGCAAUAA